UGAACCGAAAGAGAAUUGUCAAAAACAUAAUGAGUGUGUUUACCAUUAAGAAUCAUGUCAGUGACAAUAAAAAACUUAAUUUACAGAAACAUUGCGUUCCGAAACACUUUUAAACUGUACAACACAUUCAGUCGAAAUCGAUUAUGCACAUCUAGCAUUGUUGAACCAGGAAACGUAUUCCCCGAAUUACCAGUGCCCGACCACGUCGUCAAGCCUGACUACUAUUAUGAGUUCACUCCACCUGGCCGUACAGAUACCGAUGAACCACCAGAAAUUAAAAAUUCUCAAGACAUUGAACGUAUGCGAGAUGCUUGUAAAUUGGCAGCGACUAUCUUGAAAAGUUGUAGUAGUAAGAUACAAGUUGGGACAACAACUGACGAAAUCGACCGUUAUGUUCAUGCGAAAAUUAUUCGAGCAAAUGCUUUUCCAUCCCCGUUACGUUACGGUGGUUUCCCGAAAUCAGUCUGUACCUCAGUGAACAAUGUAGCAUGUCAUGGUAUACCCGACGAUCGGCCUUUAAUCAACGGUGAUAUUAUUAAUGUGGACAUAACCGUAUUUUUGAAUGGAUAUCAUGGCGACUGCUCACAAACUUUUCUGGUGGGAGAUGUUGAUGAAAAAGGACGGUUUCUCGUUUCAAGCACAAAGGCUUGUUUGGACGAGGCAAUACGAAACUGCGGUCCGAAUGUUCCAUUCAAUCGAAUCGGUACAGUAAUCGAACGAAUGGCAAAUAGCAAACAAUUGAACGUAAUUCCAGCGUUUAUUGGACACGGAAUUGGAAAGUACUUUCAUGGGCCACCGGAAAUACUGCACUACGAAAAUGAUUUGCCUGGCAUCAUGUUGCCUGGAAUGGUAUUCACCAUUGAGCCCAUUUUGUCGUUGGGAGAACAGGAGAUAGAAAUUUUAGAUGAUGGCUGGACAGCGGUAACAACAGAUAAUUCACGUACCGCUCAAUUUGAACACACAAUUUUAGUUACGGAUUCGGGUGUGGAUAUUUUAACGGAAUAGAAACAUUAGAGAAAUCAUUUUUAUUCUCCUCGUUUAAGUUAUGCGACGGGUGAAAUACCUGUGUAAUAAUAAGACACAAAUGUUUAUC